AUGGAGCAAGUCGCCGCAGUCGCCGCGCGCGAGGAUUCCGUCGCCAUGGAGGAGGAGGACGCGCCCGUCGACGCGGACCAGCGUAUGCCGGACAAGGACGACGCGCCCGCGCCGGCGGCCUGCGACGACCUCAACCCCGAGGAGGAGGCGGCCGCGCCGGUGCCCGCCGUCGUCGCCGAGGCCGAGGCGCCCCGGUCCCCCGAGGCCGCGGCGCCGGCGAGCGCCGACGAGGUCUGGGUCGACGACGGCCAUUCGCCGCCGGGCAUCGACCUCCAGCCGCCGCCCGACGAGCUCGAGGCGAGCUCGCCGCGGAGCAGCUUCUCCGGGGCGCUGUCGCCCGCGCGGUCCGCCUACGGCGGCGGCGACGCGGCGUCGGACGACGACGGCGCCGCGUCGGACGACGACUCGGGCGCCGAGGACAGCGACGGCGCGGAGAGCGGCAGCGACGGGUCCUACGACGGCGAGGACUACGGGCGCUUCGGGUUCCGCGGCGAGUCCUACGAGGUCGUGCUCGCGGAGCCGCGCCUGGGCAUGACGCUCGAGAACGUGCUGGAGCAGACCGUCGUGCACGACGUCGACGCGGGCGGCGCCGCGGCCGCGGCGGGCAUGCGCCGCGGCGCGCUGCUCGUGGCCAUCGGCGGCGAGUCGACGUUCGGGCUGCUCCACGACGAGGUCAUCGACCGCCUGCGCCAGCCGCGGCGGCCCCUCGUGCUGACGGUGCGCGACGUGCCCGAGGACGCGUUGGAGGCGCGGCGAUCUGAAGCUAGAACAUAUGCCAUGGCCGCGCGGGGCCCGACGCAAACCGGCGACGACCGGCUCGAGGCCGCGGGGCCCCUCGUCGCCGCCGCCGCCGCGGCGCUGCGCGACGCGCGGUUCCUGCCCAGGCCCGACGUCUCGCAGAUUUCCUCGCCGCCGCCGCCGCCGAGUCUGAAGGCGCCGAUCGCGACGCCGCCCAAGUCGCCCGACGCGGCGGCGGCGCGCUACUUCGGGGACGUCGACGACGACGACGACGAGAGCGACGACACGGACGACGAGUCCGCGAAGCUCCGGCGGCCCAAACCCUACGCGGUGGCUUUGGAGGAGUGCGGCGCGGCGCUCGCCGCGUUGGACGACGCGUGCGCGCGGCCGACGCGGUCCGGCCGCGCCGCGCGCCGGGCGCUGCGGGUCUGCGAGGACGCGCUGGCGUCGGGCUUGUGCGCCGCCGUGGAGUGCGCGGAGCCCGCGCGAUUGGGCGGCGGCGACGGCCUCCCGGGCCGCCGGGGCCCGCGGCCCGGCCAGGCGGGCCACCCGGCGGCGGACACGGACGACGACGCGCGGCUGGCGCAGCUCGCCGUGGACUGCGCCGCGCUGGCCGGCGGCGGCGACGGCGCCGCGCUCGAGCGCUGGGCGGCGGUCGCGGCCGCGGGCUGCGGCGACGGCCGGUCCGCGGCCGUGUGCGCGUCCCGCCGCGCCGCGCGGCUCCUCGCGCGGCUCGCGCGGGGCGCGCGCACGCGGCCCAAGGCCGCGGCGGCGACGGUGUUGAAGGUCGUCGUGCGCCUCGCGGCCGCGGGCUGCGGCGAGCGCGCCGCGCCGCGCGCGUACCCCGGCGCGGCCGCGCAGGCGGGCGCCGCGCCGCCGCGGAGCGCCGCGGCCGCCGUCAACGCCGCCGCGGCCUGCUGCGCCGUCGCGCCGGCGGCCCACGGCGCCCUGCCCGAGCGGCUCCGGCCCCUCGCGUCGCGCGCGGGCUCGGCGCUGUCCCGCGCCGAGGAGGUGCAUUUAUUGCACUGCAAGCUCAUGCCCGUGGCGACGGCGCUCGCCGAGGACGCCGCGCCCGAGGUCCGCGCGGCGGCCGCGCGGCGCGCGGGCGCGCUCUGCGACGCCUUCGGGCCGAAGCGGUCGGCGAUCCUGGUCGACGAGGUCCACUCGUUGGUGGAGGACGCGGACGUGCGCGUGCGCUGCGCCGCCGCGCGGGCCCUGCCGGCCGUCGCGCGCGCGGCGCUCCGGGGCGCCGCGUCGUCGGGCGACGCGUUGGGGCUUUUGACGCCCGCGGCGACGCGCCUCGCGUCGGACCCGAACGCCGACGCGCGGGCGGCGCUGGCCGCCGCCGUCGGUGGGUUCCUCGACAUGCUCUGCGCCGACGUCCUGGGCGGCGCGGCGCCGCCGCCGGCCCCCGCGGCGGCGGAGAAGAGCGACGACAGCGACGACGACGGCGGCGAGACGAGCGCUUUAGACCGCGCCAUUUUUCCCUUAUUGCUCAUCUUGGUCAACGACGAGGUGCCCGACGUGGCCUGCACGGCGCUCCGGGCUUUGGCGAGCGCCGGGGGGGACGAGCGGUUGGACGCGCGGUGCGCCGGGCUGCGCGCGCUCCUCGAACACCACCACGUCGCCAAGCUCGUGCUGAGCCUCCAGGAUUUGGCGACGAGCCGCCACUGGCGCGUGCGCGCCGCGGCCGUCGCCGUGGUCCCGGCGCUGGCGCCCUGCUGCGCGGCGGACCGCGCGCUGCGGAACCUGUCGAAUUUGGCGAACGGCCUCUCGUUCGACGUCGUCGACGAGGUGCGCCGCGCGGCCGCGCGCGCGCUGUGCGCCACGGCGCGCGCGGCGGCGGCGCUCGACGCGCGCGACGGCGCCGCGGGGGGCGAGCCGCCGGCGACGGCGGCGCGCUGGCUCGACGCCGUGGUCCUGCCGGAGCUCCACCGGUUGGGCACGUCGCCGCGGCAGCGCGACCGGAAGCUGGCGCUCGUGCUGGCGCUGGAUUUGGCCGGCGUGCUCGGCGCGCUGCCUCCGGAGCCGGCGGACCGCGCGCGCGCGGCCGCGGCGGCGCUCGCCAUGUCCGCGGCGCUGGACGCGCAGCCGGUCGUCCGCCUCGGAGCCGCGCGGCUCCUCGCGACGCCCCAUUUUGCGAGCCCCGGCGACCGCCGGCUGGCGCUCGACGCCGCGACGCGCCUCGGCGACGACGGCGACCCGGACGUGGCCCGCGAGGCGAAAAUCGCGAGCAAGGUCCUCUCGCGGCGGAAGAAGGACCCGCUCGCCGCGGCCCUCGCGAACCUCGCGGUCUAG